UGAUCGAAUCAUAAUGCUGAAGUUUUUCUGGUCAACUUUACUGCUCGUAGUUGCACUUGCCUCUUGUAGCUAUGGCAAUAUCUAUGGAUUCCGUGUCGAAGCUGAACCACCCAUUCAGAUGUCGCAAUGCCCGGCCUACGAUGAUCCUAAUCACCUUGUGAUGUUAAGCUACCCGAAUAAUUGUCGCAAGUAUUAUACUUGUCUGAAAGGUCUGGCCCAUGCUCAUCAGUGUCCUGAAAAUUAUUAUUGGAGUCAGCUAACUUAUCGUUGUGACUUUAAACAGUACUCGAAUUGCGAACAGACCUACGAGUAUCCAACACUAGUCCAAGAAAUUGAGCAGUACAGUCCUUAUCCAGGCGACUGUAAUCUCUACUAUGAGAAUCGAAUUCUUCGUUGUCCCGUUAACUAUCAUUGGAAUGCACAGACACAACGCUGCGAUCUGCCACAAUUUGCGGGCUGCGCUGCGCCAACUCCUCAAUAUCCAACAUGGAACCCAAUUACUCCAGCAAUUGUGCCAACUGCCGCUACGCCACCUACUGUGAUACCUUUCCCUAAUGAAUCGACUGUCCCGAUUGAUCCCGCAUAUUAUUGUAGCAAUACUGGCCAAGGCAACUAUCUGCCAUAUCCGGGAGAUUGCCACAAGUUCAUCUACUGCGGUCCCAUUGCAACUGUGCUCUAUUGCCCUGAGGGAUUGUUCUGGAAUCGUAAUACACAAUCGUGUGAUUUAAGUACUGUGGGUUGUUAACUACUUACAUUGAUUGAUCAUUUAAUAAUUGCAUAAUAAAGGCAUCAAAAAAGUCUAGUAAUU